AUGGCGGAAGAACGGACGAUCCACCAGCCGAUCCACGCCUCCGUCCGCGCCAGGCUGGACCCGGAGUACGUCGCGCUGCACGACGCCAUCAUCCAGUACAUGGAACCCUCCGAGGCCAGGCCGUGGGACCCGGCCUCGCGCCGCGCGCCGAACCCGCUAGCGCACACGACGCAGAAGCUCUCGCCCGUCGGCCGCACGUGGGACGAGGAGCUCCUCGGCGGCGGCGUCCAGGCGCGCAUUUUCGUGCCGGACGGAGAGGCCCCCAACGCCGCGGGUUGGCCGUGCCUCGUCUGGCUGCACGGCGGCGGCUGGGUCAACGGUGGGCUGGACAGCGAGAACGGGUUCCUGACCCACGUCUGUCGAUGUGAGGCCGUCUUGACUCGGAAACCUUCCUUCUCCCCCUUUUGUUCGAGACGACUAGACGUGAGGUGCGUGGUUGUCACCAUCAACUACCGUCACGCCCCCGAGCACGUCUACCCCGCCGCCGUGGAAGACAGUCUCGCCGGCCUCAAGUGGCUCCUCGAGCCGGCGACCGCUUCCCGGCUCAACAUCAACACAAGUCUCGUUACAAUCGGCGGUGUCUCAGCAGGCGGCAACCUCGCCGCGGUCGUCACCAUGAAGGCCUCCCUCGCCGGCGUCGCCCCCGCGCCCAUCUCCCAGCUCCUCAUCUGCCCCGUUAUCGACAGCACCGCCACCGCCGAGACGGGCUGGGCCGCCUCCCGGUACGUCCCCUGGCUGACCCCCGGCCGCAUGGGCUGGUACCAGGACCUCUACUUCGCGCGCCCGGAGGACAGACGGCGGUGGGACGCCUCGCCGUGCUUCGCACCCCGCGACGUCCUCGCCCGCAGCCCCCCGACGUGGCUCGCCGUCGCCGAGGUCGACCUGCUGACGCCCGAGGGCCUCGCGUACGCGGACCAGCUGCGUGGUGCCGGCGUUGACGUCCGAACCGAGGUGUACAAGGGCGCGACACACUCCGUCCUCGUGCUCGCUGGUGUGCAUCAAAUCAGCCGGAAGCUGGUCCACGAUGCCUGCGCCUGGCUUGCGAGGGGCUUCGGUUCAGCAUACGACGCUUCCGCCGCCCCUAUCCUGUCGCAGCAAGAAUAG